GCCGCAUUCAAUUCCGCAUAUUGAAUUCCUGUCGUUGCAAUUCCAUCUACCACUCCCUCCAGUCGCUCGUUGCGCCUCUGUGCCACCACGAGAAGCGGCGCCAGGCAGACAGGCAGGCAAAAUUGCAUCGCAUUGCCUCACUGGUCCACCGCUGGCAUAGAUGCUAGCCCGCCUCGAUCCGAUUGUCGCCUUCACAAGAAGUUUUGCGACCGCGAUCCCACGACCUUCACUUCACACCUCCCGCUUAUAUACCCACCACUCCCGCUUCCUUCUUCCGCCAAACCCCUCUCACCGCCUUCCCCAGCACUCAGCCUUCCUUAAUCUGCGCCUAUUAAGUGCUCAAGCAACCCCAAUGUCUUCAGAGCAGAACCGAGAUACUUCAGAAGCUCGCUCCAAGCGCAAGCAACCACCCACCCCCUCCAACGAGCGUCCCAUGAAACAGAUCAAGCCCGAAACAGACGCGCAUGCGCGAAAUGUUACAUACGCCCCAGAGUCCGACGUUCCCGCGCUCGAUCUCACUCCUUCCCCCGACACAGAGACGAUCCUCGAAGAUCUUGCUUCCGCCCCCGUGGCCGGCGCAUUGCAAGACACCGUCGAAUGGCAGAAGACGAUAGAGAGCGUCGUCAAGAGCGUCGUCUCUAUUCAUUUCUGUCAAACCUGCUCCUUCGAUACAGACUCGGCCAUCUCCUCUGAAGCAACUGGCUUCGUCGUGGACGCGGAGAGGGGUUACAUUUUGACCAACAGGCAUGUCGUUGGCGCGGGGCCCUUCACCGGCCACUGUAUUUUCGACAACCACGAAGAGUGCGAUGUCUACCCUGUGUACCGCGAUCCCGUUCACGACUUCGGUAUCUUACGCUUCGACCCCAAAGCUAUCAAGUACAUGCCCCUGACCGCGCUCAAAUUGCGCCCCGACUGCGCUAAAGUUGGUGUCGAGAUUCGCGUUGUCGGUAACGAUGCCGGCGAGAAGCUCAGUAUUUUGUCCGGUGUCAUCAGUCGUUUGGAUCGCAAUGCGCCCGAGUACGGUGAAGGCUACUCGGAUUUCAACACAAACUACAUCCAAGCCGCAGCAGCCGCCAGUGGUGGAAGUUCUGGUAGUCCCGUGGUCAACAAGGAUGGUUUUGCGAUAGCCCUACAAGCUGGUGGUCGGUCAGACGGUGCCGCGACCGAUUACUUUCUUCCCUUAGAUCGGCCGUUACGCACUCUGGAGCUCAUCCGGCAAGGGAAAUUUGUGACCCGUGGAACGAUACAGACACAAUGGAUUCUCAAGCCUUUCGACGAAUGCCGCAGGUUAGGCCUUUCCCCGGAAUGGGAAGAGGCAGUACGCACGAAAUUUCCCCUCGAGACCGGCAUGCUGGUUGGUGAGGUGAUUUUGCCAGAUGGACCGGCGUCCAAACUGAUCCAAGAGGGAGACAUACUUCUCAAGGUCAAUGGUGAUAUCGUCACUAAAUUUGUUGACCUGGACUCGAUACUUGACAACAGCGUUAGCGACAAAGUCAGCUUGACUAUACAACGCGCAGGAGAGAACAUUGACGUGGAAGUGAAUGUUGCUAAUUUGCAUGACAUCACCCCCGACAAGUUUGUCUCAGUGGCAGGUGCUUCGUUCCACGAUCUUUCGUACCAACAGGCCAGGUUGUACGCCAUCUCACUCAAGGACUCAGGCGUAUAUGUUUGCGAGGCCGCUGGAUCUUUCCGUUUCGCCGAUGGAUAUACAUCAGGAUGGCUAGUUCAGGAAAUCGAUAAUCGCCCUACACCCAACCUGGAUACGUUUAUCGAAGUCAUGAAGAAGAUUCCCGAUAAGAAGCGCGUGGUCAUCAGCUAUAAGCAUCUCCGGGAUCUGCACACCUCCAACACAAGCAUCACGGCCAUUGACCGACAUUGGCAUGCUAAGAUGCGGAUAGCCAAGCGUAAUGAUGUUACUGGUUUGUGGGACUUUAGCACUCUUUCAGAUGCUAUACCCGCUGUUCCCGCUGUUCCGCGCCGCGCAAACUUCGUCAAGCUCAGCUCCAAAUACCCGGAAGCUGUUGACAUCGUACGAAGCUUCGUCCGUGUCCACGUGUCUCUACCAGUCAAGCUCGAUGGCUACCCGAGAGCACAUAGGCAAGGGUACGGCUUGGUGGUAGAUGCCGAACAAGGCCUUGUACUCGUAUCGCGGGCUUUCUUACCCUACGAUCUUGUAGAUAUUUCACUGAUCUUUGCCGAUUCAAUCUUUGUGGAUGGAAAGGUUGUUUUCUUGCACCCACUGCAAAAUUACGCAAUUGUCAAGUAUGACACGUCGCUAGUCAAUGCACCAGUCAAGACUCCGAAAUUCGCCACGGAUUCCAUCAAGAAGGGAGAUGAGACCAUCUUCUUUGGCUUGAACCAAAACUUCCGACCUGUGGUUGCCAAAACUGUAGUCACUGAUAUCUCCACGGUAGCCAUUCCUGCCAGUGCAGUGACACCGCGCUACCGCGCCACAAACUUCGAUGCCAUUACUGUAGACACUACUCAAGCAUCUCACAGCGCUUGCGGUGUUUUGAUAGCUGAAGACGGCACUGUUCAAGCCUUAUGGUUGUCAUAUCUGGGUGAGCGUACCCCUCACAAUGGCAAGGAUGUCGAAUACCACCUCGGUCUCGCAACACCUAUGAUCCUCCCUGUUCUCAAUGAGAUCAAGAGCGGUAGAACGCCCAAACUGCAGAUCCUGAACGUCGAAUUCCAGACCGUCCAAAUGAGCCAAGCUAGAGUCAUGGGUGUCUCAGAAGAAUGGAUCGAGCGAACCGAGCAAGAAGAUCCAGAGCGUCACCAGCUCUUCAUGGUGCGAAAAGUCGACUCCGGCCACGAAGACGGCCUUCAAGAAGGCGAUAUCCUCCUGACCCUCAACGGCACGCUCGUCACACGAGCAUCCCAUUUGGAUGUCAUGUACAACAACCCACACCUCGAUGCCGUCAUCGUGCGCAAACGUAAAGAAGUCACCCUCAAAGUCCCAACGGUCGCGACCGAGGACCUCGAAACCGACCGCGUCAUCAACUUCUGCGGCGCCACCCUCCACCAACCCCACCAAGCCGUCCGCCAACAAAUCAGCAAGAUUCACUCCGACAUCUACAUCUCCUCGCGCGCCCGCGGUUCCCCCGCGAUGCAGUACGGCAUCGCCGCCACAAACUUCAUCACCCACGUCAACGGCGUCGCCACCCCGGACCUCGACGCCUUCCUCAACGAAGUCAAGAAGAUCGGCGACAACACUUACUUCCGCCUCAAGGUCAUGACAUUCGACAAUGUCCCCUGGGUCGCCACCCUCAAGAAAAACGAACACUAUUUCCCAACCAUCGAAUACGUCAAGGAUCCCACCGCGGACCUGGGCUGGAGGAAGAUUGUGCACGAGGCUGAGGCUGGCGGUGCCAUGGAGGAGUUGGGUCCCAGCGAGAUGGAAAUGGAUGAGGGCCACGAUGAGGGUGCGGAUUCUGGGGGUGGUGGUGAUGGUGUUGGCAUCGGGAGGGAUGGCGCGAGGGAGGUUCGGUCUAUGCUCUAA